GUUAUCAAUGAAAAAAUAAACGAUAUCCCCUGAAAAAUAUCUUACGUGUAAAUAAGUUGAGUAAUCAAUUUGCUUGUUAAUCCUCCCUCUUUCAAACAUUGAGAAUUGACUAUUGUGUUUGUGAGUGCUUGCUUGCUGCUUACAAGCCACAAGGUGGACACCCCAUUUUCAACCAAGACCCUAUGAAAUGAAUUGGUAACCCGUCCUUCUCUAUUUAGGUGAGCCCUAAGAUAAUAAUCAAAGACUUCACCACAACAAAAUUUCCAACAAGAGGAGAACGAAAAAAGAAGGGAAUAAUUCUUCCAUCUUUCUUCUGUUUUACUCUAUUUAUUCAUCUUUACUGACGUAGAUAUGCAAAAUCGUUCGUUGCACUUGCACCUGCCAUCCCCCUGUUUAUUUUAACUGCGCCUGGUUAAAAAGGGAGGUAGAGUCGGUGGGUUCAUAGAGAGAGGAGAGAGAGAAGGGAGAGGGCAAGAUCUUGGGUUGUUGCUGAAGCUCGUCUCUUCUGCAGCAAUGGCUUCUAAACUUGUGCUGGUCAUCGUUUUCAUCCUUGAUCUCAUUGCCUUCGGCCUUGCUGUAGCUGCAGAACAGAGGCGAACCACUGCUAAAAUUACAGCAGAUCAAGAGAAGGACUACAACUACUGUGUAUAUGACUCUGACAUCUCAACCGGUUUUGGCGUGGGAGCAUUCUUGUUCCUUUUGGCCAGCCAGGUCAUUAUAAUGGUAGCAAGCAAAUGCUUCUGCUGCGGAAGGGCCAUGAACCCUAGUGGCUCCAGGGCUUGUGCAGUCAUGCUCUUCCUAAUCUGCUGGUUGUUCUUCCUUGUGGCGGAGGCCUGCUUGCUGGCGGGUUCGGUGAGGAAUGCCUACCACACCAAGUACAGGAACAAUAGGGCAAUCUUUGGUGCCGACCCUCCGACUUGCCAGACCCUGAGGAAGGGAGUUUUUGCAGCUGGAGCAGCUUUCACUCUCUUUACAGCCAUCGUCUCCGAGUUCUACUACGUUUCCUACUCCAAGGCGAGAGGUGGUGGCUCCAACCAGUAUGGCAGAGAAACUGGAGUUGGGAUGGGAACCUACAAAUGAGUUUAGCUGCUGCAAUGUUGGGAUUUGCUUAAAACCCUUCCCCUGAUACCUUAAAUAUAUGAUGUUCACGUAUGACUCUGCUCUGCUAUAUGGGCUUUCAGAUUGCAUUGAUGUGUUGAUUUAGUUGUUGGUAGGUUGUCCAUUCUAAGUCUUAUUCAUGGUUUGUUUCUCCUCCACUACUGUGAUUUGCAAAAUCCUUUUUGUGCUCUGUAUUGCAAAGAACUGAUGACUACUAUUCAGCAACGCCUUUCUUUCUAUAUCAAGUGGUUUCUCGCCAGGGUGCUGGUGGGUAAAGCUGCAAAUAUGACUAGCAACUGAUGUUUCACCAACUUAUGUUGGGCUGUUUCACCUUCGAAAUCACACUGCUGGAAUGGGACUCAUGAAUUGAACACAAAGGAUGAAACUUAGGGGGAUUUAUGCAGAAAGACUGAAAGACAAAGUUUGGGCAUUUAGAGCAAAGGAAAAGAUAAACAAAUAGAAAUUGGAUCAAAAUUAGUACACCACCAUCAUCCAGUCUAGCCCACUACAAAGAGAAAUCAGAUCAUGGCGUCCACGAUGCUGUUCACGGCGGUGUUUGUUCUGGAUUUCGUAGCUUUCCUGCUUGCUCUCGCUGCAGAGCAGACCCGAAGUACCGUAAGCGCCGCCGCCUCCUCCCUUCUUCAAUCGUCUUCAUCCCCAAACUCUCUUGACUCUUUCUCGCUUUCCUUAAAACUCCUUUCAGACAAUUUCAGGCUAAGGUUGUGAUUGACAGCAAGUACGACUACUACUACUGCUUCUACGAUUCCAACAUCGGCAACGAUCUUGGGAGCUGCCGCCUUCGGCCUGCUACUCGCCGGUCAGUUCCUCACCUGCUUCUUCCUCAACAGAAACGCUUCCAACAAACACCGCCGCCGUGCAGUCCUUUCCGCCGCGAUCUGCUGGUGAGUUGUGAAAAAUUGGGAUGUUUUUUUGAUGAUUAAUUCAUCCAUAAACUAAUGGAAGCAAAGCUGGAGACCAUAAUGAAAGCCGCUCCACCCUGAAAAACCCCAAAUCUCAGGGUCUCACAACGAGCAUCUUCCGUGAAUAUGAACCUGUAAUCGGUCCGCUGCGCAUUCUUCACCGAACGCAGGACUGCAUUUCUGGGAGCAGAGGCUUGUUUGCUGGUGGGUUCGGUGAAGAAUGCGCAGCGGACCGAUUACAGGUUCAUAUUCACGGAAGAUGCUCGUUGUGAGACCCUGAGAUUUGGGGUUUUUCAGGGUGGAGCGGCUUUCAUUAUGGUCUCCAGCUUUGCUUCCAAGUUGAAUACCUGCUGGUCGGAGUUGGAGGAGGAGGAAGGCGCCGGAGCCGGCGGCGAUUUGGGAGCCUAUACUCCGAUCUGAGUUUUGUUUCUGUACACUGCGUUUUAUGUGUAAUCGUCCAGCUGUAACGUAUGAAUUAGUGAUGAAGUGCACGUUCCCCUUCCCUCUCGAGUUGGAUUAAGAAAUUCUUGAAUUGAUU